AGUCGUGUCCCGACCGCGGUUCCGUUAGCACGCGCCCUCCGACGCGAGUGAUAAUGCAGCCAACCUAAACCAAAAUCCCAAGUGACAAUACGAACUUAACUAAAAAAUUAAUUAUCAAAGAAUAAAUUAAAACUUAAAUAUUCCAUCGAAUAUUAAUAUCAAAAAAAUUGUGUUCGAAAAAAAAGUUUGAAAAGUUUAAGAAAAGUUUUUUUUCUGGUAUUUUUUUUUUAUUUGAGCGUUUGAUGUAUUUUGUAUGAAGCCGGUCUCGUUUGUUCGCUGAGGAUGAUUGAAGCGAAAUCUUUCAAUUUCUUUUGUGCUCAUUUCUAAUCAGGAACGAAGGUUAUUCGUCGGCCUAAUUUUGUGAAGCUACAUAUAUGGUGAUGUAACGAGUGCGUGGUGUAGAAAUAAUUGAACCUCCCGAAUGGGGAGACGUGCGUAAGAACAAUUGACUUGAGUACUUAAGUGACAUUCAAUUUGAACUGAUUGACGGUGUUGUUUGUUUUCGGAAGUGUUCCUAAUGAAAUGUGUUGUUGUGGUGUGUAAGUGAAUUAUGUUGCCAUGGAUUCCGAAAUAGAUAUCCUAUUGUUUAUAAACUGCACCCAGCAGAUUCUGGGUCGGCAGCAGUCUUGGGAUCAUCUCAAUGUCACACAGAUCCUGGACUUGCUACCAACGAAGAUCCUUGAGGACAUCAAUCUUAAAAUAACUCUUGGCAAUUGCAUGGGUUUGGGCGAAAGGCCAUUCAGUCCGCCAUGGUGGGUGCAACUCGCUUGGUUCAUGGUCUUUGCAAUCAUGUUGCUGCUGGCUGUCCUUGGGAAUACUCUGGUCAUCUGGAUAGUUUUGGCCCAUCGUCGUAUGAGGACAGUAACCAACUGUUUCCUCGUGAACCUCGCUUUCGCAGACUUGCUGAUGGCUACCCUGAACGGAGCACCAAACUUCAUAUUUCUCGUGACUGCUGACUGGCCGUUCGGGUCAGUGACCUGUACUGCUAGCAACUUCACUGCCAACCUGACUGUAUCUGCUGGAGUGUUCACACUGGUUGCUAUCACUGUUGAUAGGUACGUGGCGAUAGUGAAACCUCUGCAACACAGACUGAGUCGCCGCGUGGCGCGUGCGGCGCUCUUCACCGUCUGGUGCGCCAGCGCACUGCUUGCACUGCCCAGUCUACUCUACUCUGAUACUUAUAAGAAACAGUAUGUGAACGGUGACAGAGAAAUAUGUUUUAUUAAAUGGCCCGACGGCAGCUAUCCAUCAUCGAGGACUGAUUAUGUGUAUAACUUAUUAUUUCUGGCUGUGACGUACGUGGUGCCUAUGUCGGUAAUGGUUUGGGCGUACGCCCGCAUGAGCGCCGCUUUGAGAGGCCGAGCCAUCGGCGAGUGUACUCAUCAUCAGAUGCAAGUCGUCAGAGCUAAGAGAAAGGUGGUGAGGAUGUUCGUCCUGGUGGUGAUGGUGUUUGCUCUCUGUUGGCUGCCGUACCACGCAUACUUCGUUCUGACCUACCACUAUCAGUCUUUAGCGUCUGCGCCCUUCGCCCAGCAUAUUUACCUCUUCUUCUACUGGUUGGCCAUGGCGAAUUCCAUGUUCAACCCCUUAAUUUAUUACUGGAUGAGUAAUAAAUUUCGCAUUUACUUUCGUAUGGUGUUAUGUUGGUGUUGGACACCAAAAACAUCAUCAUCCACAGACAUGAAGAAAUUAGAAAUGAACAAAUCAUUUUCAGUGAGUCAAAGAAACUAUCGGGACAUAUCGUCCUUUAGCAGAGCAUGACAUUCAAAGAGACGGAGUAACACUUCGCGGUCUACGCCACAGCAUGAUCAUUCGAAUGCAACAGAACUGAUAACGAAUGGCAACGCAGUGCGUAUGAACCCGCGAGGUGAACCCGAUGAUAGACAUUAUCACAUGUGUGACGAUAGAUUAUAAAGUAAGUGUAAAUAAUAAUAGUUUUCUACACAAAAUCGAUUGUAAAUUAUAUAAAUAAUGAUCUCGAUUAAUUAACACGAGAGUUUUCGCAAGGAAUCUAGUUUUUAUAUCGAAUAAGUAAGAAUUUGAUUAUAUUAUAAAAGGUUUUAUCAAAAUUUUAAUAUCUGUAUCGAGUUUCCUAAUUAACGCUGUAAUUGAUACAUCGAAAAUUAAUCAUGUUUUCUUGGUACGCUAAUAAUUUCGCUGCCUAUUGUGUAAAAAAAGGUUCCAUUGUUCGUGAUUAUUUUUUGUCUGAGGUUGUUUAGCAUUUCCAAAGAGGUCUGCAGCUUGACUGUUUAUUAAUCUAGAACCUUUUUGUUGUUCCUUUUUUUUCAAAUUUAUGAAUAUAAAGCUCUAAUUAUGUUCCUAAUUAAGUUUAAACUUUUGUUCCAGUAGAUAAUAUAAAAUGAAGCAAUAUGUUUUACGUUACAUUUUGAUGUGGUUUAUUCAAAUAUUUUAAAUGUAUUGUUUUAUAUAUGCAAAGAUGUACAAAUGUCAAUGAUAAAUAAUCUACAUCGAGCUAAAGGAAUCGAUUGAAAUGUAAAUUAUAUUUACAGCUUUUUCUAGAUCCUAAGUUAGGUAAUGGUGCUUUAUGCGAAAGAAACGCUGUUCGACAAAGUCGAUGUUAUUCUCUCUUUAGCUUGAUGUCUAUUAUUUAAUCGCAAUAUCUGUAUUUUAUAAUGGUUGUACCAAAAUUCACGAAAAGAGGUAACUUUGAAUCCAUUUGAAACAUUUAAUUUCUGAAGUGUAUUUUUCUAAUAACUAUCGUGAGACGUAUUAAAUUAACUAAAAAUCACGGUUUAGUAAUUCAGAAGUGUGUCAAUUAAUUAGUAAAGUUCUACACGCACAGUGAAAAAUAAUUAAAAACAAAAAAUCACAUUUACGGGAAAUGUAAACUUAAAAUGCAGACAAAUAAAAUAUAUACGUUUCAUGUGCUGGAAAAAUGUAUUGUAAUCUGAACUCUAUUCCGAUGCACACCCUCUAAAGUACAUUAAGAUUAUUCAUUUGAUUAAAAAUCGUACUCUCUAAAUUACCUCUAACAUGAAUUUUGGUACAUCCUUUAUUUGAAACAGCCAGGGUCAUUCAUAAAACCUCAUUUCCUAUAAGGUCGUUUUGUACUAGAAUAAGUUUAAAGUACCUAUUUAUUAAUAUAGAACACGAUAGACUACUAUUUUCUAGAAAAGUGUUGCUAAUUAUGAAAUAUGUAAGAGAAUUCAUAUUAGUUUUUCCAAGAAAAGUACUAAUUAGUGAUGUUGGCAGUACUUUUGUAGUACAAACAUAAAUACAUAAACAUAUUUUUGUUUUUUCUCAAAGGACGUGUAACAGUAAAGGACUUGUCACACUCCUAGCUAUAAUAUACAGAAAUAUAUAUUUCUGUAACGUCACCAAAAUAUGUCCAAAAUAUUUUAAUAGCUCCCAAUAUCAAAAUUAAAGAUAAAAAUUCACUUCACCUCCUAGGUUCUCCAAUAUUCGAUGAAUGUUUUCCUUCAUUCAUCGAAGACAAAAUAGAAAAUUUCAAUAAUAUUUCGGAUAGACUACACAAAAUCAACUCACAUUCGGCUUUCACUCUGAUUCGGUAUUGUUGUUUUGGACCAAAAUUUACUUAUAUUCUCCGCGCAUCUCAUAUAUGGAAAAAUUCACAUAUUUUGGAAAAUGUAGACAAAAUUAUCAGACACACAUUAUCAUCCAUACUUAAUGUGGCUUUGGAUGACCGUGCUUGGCAACAAGCUACCCUUCCCAUUCGCAUGGGUGGGCUCGGCGUCCGCAAAAUUUCAAGUAUUAGCUUACCAGCAUUUCUCUCAUCGGUCCACAGUACCUCUGAAUUAGUCAGGAAAAUUCUUUCUCCAUCACUGGCUAGUUUUGAGGUGCCGUGUUUGACUGAUGCAGUGGAAGCUUGGAAAAUGGCCUGUCCACUUACUGAUUUACCUGUUCACCCUUCUUCUCAGAGACAAUGGGACGUGCCGCUGUGCAGUAUUAUUCGUGAGUCUUUAAUCAACUCUUCUUCUAAUGCUGCAGAGCGAGCUCGCUUAUUGGCUGUGGGAGAGUGGGAAUCAGGUUUGUGGCUUCAGGCGCUCCCGUCACCCUACAUAGGAACUAUGUUGGAUGACAUUACGUUCCGGCUAGCUGUGUGCUUACGGUUGGGUGCUCCCUGUGUCUCUCCGCAUUGUUGCCACUGUGGAGAAAGAGUCGAUGGCUCGGGACACCAUGGUCUUUCAUGUCGUAGAAGUGCAGGCCGCAUAAGUCGUCAUGCCAGCAUCAACGACAUUAUUCGUCGUGCUCUCGCCUCAGCCGGCGUACCAGCCGUAUUAGAACCUAAUGGUUUGGUACGUGAUGAUGGCAAGAGACCAGAUGGUAUGUCGUUGCUGCCUUGGAAGAUGGGUAGGCCUUUGGUGUGGGACGCUACGUGUGUAGACACCCUUGCGCCAUCUCACCUUCUAAGUACUGCUGCAUGCGCUGGUGCGGCUGCUUCCGCGGCAGAGGACCUCAAGCGGCGCAAAUAUUCUAACUUAGUUGGCAAUUAUUGUUUUGAGCCGUUUGGGGUCGAAACACUUGGGCCAUGGGGUCCUGGUGCACAUUCUCUAUA